GUGAUGGCUUCUUUGAUGAGCCCGUCUUCGCCGUCUGAUGGCUAUAAAAGGUUUAGUGAUGAUUUCGCGAAUACCAGCAUCAACAAUUACGGCUCAAACGUCGCAAAUACAAGAACAGGUACAGAUGGGGCCGGUGACUCCAGUGCCCUGGACAUGGGCAGCCGGUCCUCAUUACACACCAGUAUGCAGCUAUCAGAGGACGAACACUGGGAGAUGAAUUAUCACGAAGCCGCUAUUUACUUAGAGGAAGGAUUAAAUAAUGAGAAAUUUGACUCCCAUCCAUCAAGUCCUGAGGAAUUGCCAGCGUAUCUGAUGGUCCACAACCCCUGGUACCAUGGACUGGAUCUACUCGCGUCCCUGGUGCUCAUCCUAUUAGCCUUCACUGAAGAUCCUGCUGUACCGGCUUUUGAGCUUCCUGUUUGGGCACACGGGACGAUAGAACUCCUGGCUCUCACAAUAAUAGGUGUCGAGUUACACUUGAAGCUAAAAUGGAUCGGCUGGGGAACUAUCUUUAAGCAUAAACGUACUAUGAUAAAGGGCGUUACACUGUUAAUAAUGGUUUUGGAAGCAGUGGUAGUGCUUUGCCGGCAGUCUUCUCACUUCAGAGUGACGCGGGCCCUCCGUCCAAUCUUCCUAGUGGACACGCGACACUGUGGCGGAGUCCGGCGGUUUAUCAGACAGAUUCUGCAGUCAUUACCGCCCAUUAUUGACAUGUUAGGUUUACUAAUGUUCUUCGUAGCGACGUACUCGUUGCUUGGGUAUUAUUUGUUCUCAGAACAUAUAGACAACGGCCAUUUCCAAACUCUGAGCGACUCGUUCGUCAGUAUGUUCGUUUUGCUGACGACAGCCAAUUUCCCCGAUGUAAUGAUGCCUUCGUACGCUAAAUCGAAGUGGUACGCCGUCUUCUUCAUCCUCUACAUUAUAACAGUUCUUUACGUGCUUAUGAAUCUGAUGUUGGCUGUUGUGUACGAGACGUUCACACGGAUCGAACGGGAGAAAUGUCGCGCGUUGUUGCUACACCGGCGUGGCGCAGCCAGACGUGCGUUCCGACUGCUCGUGUCACGCCGCGCGCCGCACGCGGUCAAGCUGCGGCACUUCGCCGGUCUGGUGUCGCACUAUGCGCCCCACUAUGGUGGCCUCGAUGUAUAUUUAAUGUUCAAGCAGCUGAACCAAUCAGGCACGGGGGGUUUGUCGCGUACAGAGUUCGCAAACAUUUACGAAGUAUUCGCUCUGCGUUGGGUCGCUCAAUCGAGUCGUGCGCCGUGGUAUAGCGACACGCCGCUUGAGCCUCUCGGUCGCGCCGCCUCUGCCAUCGUGCGUUGGCCGCACUUUGAAUACCUAGUCUUCGCGCUGAUAAUCGGCAACGGAGUAUCGAUGAUUCUUCGAGUGCUGGAAGCGGCUGGUGAUCUUCAAGACAGUGCUAAACUCUUGUGCGCAUCCUGGGAUACAUGGCUCUUCUUGUCUUUAUUCCUCCUGGAAGCUGGCAUUCGGAUAAUGGCAUCGGGUUUAGCAGUCUAUCUGGAAAGCGGGUGGAAUGUGUUCGACUUGAGUGUAACAGUGCUGGCUCUGAUGGGAGCCUUCAUGCUGACUCUGGCUCCUGGACUAUUCACAGUCGUCAUUUUCAGACCACUCAGGUUAAUGCGUCUAUACAAGCUGAAGAAGCGCUACCGCGACGUGUUCGGCACGUUGGUGCUUCUGUCGCCGCUCAUGUCUUCGGCGGGCUGCGUGAUGCUGGUCAUGUAUUACUUCUUCGCCAUCGUCGGCAUGGAACUCUUCGCCUCUUACAACCUGAGGAAUUGCUGCGUAAACACAACAGUGGAGGACUUCUACCGGUUCUCGGAGAACAGUUCGAGCCCACUGGGGUACUACUACCUCAACAACUUCGAGAACAUUCUAACGAGCGGCGUCACUUUGUUCGAGCUGACAGUUGUCAACAAUUGGUUCAUUCUGAUGAACGCGUACGCGACUGUUGCGGGGCAGUUCAGUCGGAUAUACUUCAUGGUAUUCUAUCUAUUCACGAUGGUCGUCCUCACAAUAGUGGUGGCCAGUGUUUUGGAGGCCUUCCGCUUCAGGAUACAGUACAAGAGGAGUACGACCAAACGUGACGAGGAGAAACUCCUCCACGAGGAAGUCCACACGAGUUGGGAGGAGGCGCAGAGACUGGGCGCAGCGGGAGAGCUCGCAGACCAGCUCAGGGCACAUUUGCCACCAGGGGUCCAAGUAACGUUCUUAGGCACAAGACCACGGACGAAAGAGGUUUUACAAAGGAGAAUGUAUCAGUCUGAGAUACAGAAAUGGUUGGCCGAAGAGACUGAAAAUGAGGAUCUCCAGCCUUCCACGACAGUGACAUCGAGCGAGGACCCUCUAUCACCUCCCCUGAUCCAGCAACCAGAUGGCGAAAACCACAUACGAUCGGCUUAUCAGUUGUAAAAUACUGUACGAAGACUAACCAGCAAACGCAGCUAAAAAUCCGUAUUCUUAAUGUCUUAAUGCGUAAUGUAUGAUCAAUUGUAUUGUUAUCACUAUCGUAAUAACAGUACACGAAAGAGACAAUAAUAUCUUGAUUAUUGAAAUCGUAUUUUAACGCCUAUUUUCCGGAACACGGAAUUUCGACAUUCUAGCAAUUGAUAGGAGAUAUCUAGACGUUGUUUUGAACGAAGGAAUUUACCUCGAACUGUGCGGCAGUAUGUUGAAAAUACUAGAAAAUUUUGCUUUAUGGUCCGUAUGAAAUUCAUACCAAAUAAAUGUAGAUAUCUAAAGUAAUAAAGCGCUAAAAUCGCUUCAAAUGCUCUCGCGUUCAGUUCACAGAAAAACAGGUCAUAAAACUAAAAAGGCCUUAGAAGAUUUUGGGGUUACAUUAGUCCAGUCUUUUGGCAUGUGAGACGAUGUAACUAUCGACCGCUUCCUUUAAUCGAUAAUCAAUCCCAGACGUGUCCCCUACUAGCAGCAGUCUACUAAUUAGUUCAACUGGCACUCGUUUUGAACUAACCAUAGUCCUAACCAGCUAAAACUCGCAUUGUUUCUGAUACUAAUUUUUGCUGAUGAAUUAGAACCAAGACGCAUGACUGAUACUAGCAACUAGUCCACAAAUUUUGACCGCACUUGUUUCAAACUAGUGAUAGUGAACUAGCAAGCGCACUCUUACCGAUACAACCAAACCAAACAAAGACGCAAUCUGAUACUAGCACUAGCCCACUAUUUAGACAGACUACGUAGUUAAAACUAGCGAUACUCACGUAGCUACCGCAUGUUUUAAACAAUUAGAACCAAGAAGCGAUAUUAAUUUCAUACUAGCACUAGUCCACAAAUUUUGACCGCACGUGUUUCAAACUAGUGAUAGAAAAACUAGCAAGCGCACUCUAUUCAUUUGAACAAUCAGAACCCAGACGCGAUCUAAUACUAGCUGUCCACUGUUUAGAUAGACUAGUUAAAAUGUAGCGAUACUCAACUAGCUUCCGCAUUUUAACCAAUUAGAACCAAGAAGCGAUAUUAAUUUGAUACUAGCACUAGUCCACUAGUUAUAACCGCACUUGUUUCAAACUAGUGAUAGUGAUCUAGCAAGCGCACUUUUUCGAUAUGAGCAAACAGAACCAAUACGCGAUCUGAUACUAGCACUAGACCAAUAUUUAGAUAGACUAGGUAAAAAGUAGCUCAACUUGCUACCGCAUUUUUUAACCAAUUAGAACCAAGAAGCGAUAUAAAUUUGAUACUAGCACUAGUCCACUAAUUUUGACCGCACUUGUUUCAAACUAGUGAUAGUGAACUAGGAAGCGCACUCUUUUCAUUCGAACAAUCAGAACCCAGACGCGAUCUGAUGCUAGCAUUAGUCCACUGUUUAGAUAGACUAGUUAAAGUAGCGAUACUCAACUUGCUAUUACAUUUUUUUUAUCAAUUAAAACCAAGAAGCGAUAUUAAUUUGAUACUAGCACUAGUCCACGAAUUAUUACUGCACUUGUUUCAAACUAGUGAUAGAACAAAUAGCAAGCUCACUCUUUUCAUUGGAACAAUCAGAACCUAGACGCGAUCUAGCAUUAGUACUCUGUUUAGAUAGACUACUUAAAAAGUAGCGAUACUCAACUUGCUUCCGCAUUUUUAUAAACAAUUAGAACCAAGAAGCGAUCUGAAUUUGAUAGUAGCAAUAGUGCACUAAUUUUGAGCGCACUUGUUACGAACUAGUGAUAGUGAACUAGCAAGCGCACAGAACCCAGAGGCGAUCUGCUACUAGCACAAGUCCCCUAUUUAGAUGCGACUAGUUAGAAACUAGCUACAGUCAACUAGUUACAAUCAAGAUUCUAAUUUAUUAAGCUUAGUAUAGUCACUCCACCAAAUUGCCUUGAUAUGUUCCGAUAAACUAUUUAAAUCAACAUUCAUUUGAAACUAGUGAUAGUCAACUUGCAACCACAUUUGAUAACUAACCCUUAACAAUUAGAACACAGAAGUGUUCUAAAACUAACAGUAGUCAGGUAUUUAGAAGGUUUCAGUGUAACGAUACGUUCUUAACUGCUGUUGCGUUGACCAAUUACAACUCCCAUCUGUUGUGGUACAAAAUUUUUUAGUAGCAUAGCAAGGUUUAGGCAUAUUAGCUUAGUUAUUGCACUAGCUGCGGAAUCAUUAUUACUCCAUCUCGGCGGAAAAAACCAACCCCCUCAUUAAAUUUUUUUUCCUAGAUUUCUAUAGCGGCCAAUGUAUAUCAACAUAGAUGAAAAUGCGACUAAUUUAUUUAAUAAGGUCCGUAUCCCAGCAGGCGUCUGAAUACAUGACCCACGCUCUAGUGUGCCUAUAGUUGUUACGGUCUUCAUCACUGUGCAAAACAUACUACAGAUAGUUCAAGUCACCUUGACGCACGGCGCUAUGUGUGUGAGUGCUUGUAAAUAUGCAGCUUUGAUCUGUGUGAUAAUGACGCGGCAGCCGUCGUCCGAGCAAUAAUAAUUAUCAUCAUCGUUGAGCCGCUGAAUGUCACUGUCACACAGGUCUAAGCAGCAUAUUUACAAGCACACGCUCGCAUAGCUCCACGCGUCAAGAUGACUUGAAGUAUCUUAAUUACAUUAUGAUUGUAGGAGUAGUUUCAAUCGAUUAAGAAUAAUAAAGUUAAAAUGUUCAUCUACUAUUAAUAUGACUUCAACUAACUAUCGUUACAUUCAAAGACUUGCUAAUUAACAGUAUCAUAGAAUAUUAGCGAAAAGCAGCUUUAUUAAUAGACGUGUUGAAAAAUAUUUAUGUUCGCAGUAGCGAAAAAUCGAAUUAAAUAAUUAUAUAAUGCUUCCAGUGGAACCAUCCAAAUAUGUUAAUUAAUCUCCUUAUAGUCUGCAUUGUUCUAAGCAAAUAUUUCAAUGAUAUAGUCACAAUACGAGAACAGAAACGUACCUACCUAAACAUUUAUUGCCAAAUGUUUAUUUAACUCUCUAAAGAAAUCACAGAACAGGUAAAAGAGGUUAGAAAGGAAAUAGUUCCUAAUUCGUAUCGCCGCUUGUCACUCAUCACUAUCUUUAAUUUAACUACAAACCAGGGACCAAUAGGUACGCGCGUUACGCACUCAAAUAAAUCACACAACUUCAAUCGCGGGUUUGCUAUUGAUAGGUUGUCACACUAACGCGAACACUGCGCUCGACGUACAAUCGAAAUACCGAAAUACUAGCAAUAAAAGAAGUGUGGGUUUCGCAGAGGACGCUAUCCAUUGCGGAUAACGAACGCACGUUGCUUUAUAUGCGCAUGCAUGGGGAGCAAUGUAUAUUUUUUUCUGGCUUAUUGCAAUAGCAUCUUUGUCACGGUAUGAUCGAAAGCGGAAAACUUCACUUCAGAACUUUAUUACAAAAAUACUAAAAGUUCCCUCUGAUCUAAGCCCUACGAGGGGAAACCACAAUUCCGUCCACAAUUAUUCACUAUCAAAUAUAAACUAUCGAGAAUGUUGAGAUGCUGAAAAUUGAAAUUGAUAUAUCACUAAUAUUAAUGACAGUAUGUAGUGAAAUCCGUAGUCUGACGGCGAGGAAAAAAAAUUACUCUUAGUCAUACUGAUGUUACAAACUGGUGUGAGCACGAGUCGGGAAUAAAAAAUAUACCUCCUCGGUCGAUAUUCGAAGUCUGUGCUACAAGUAAUUAUAUCAUAUCGCGGCUUUAUAACACUAUUUAUCGUAGCUCCGUUCCAGGCGCUACACAUGAAAACAUUAUAAUCAUAGUGACGUGAGUGAGAUGGUGACUACUGACGUAGUUACAUUACCCUUCCAGCCUUUUUUACCUGUUCCAUGAAAGUAAUCCUCUUAUAACUUGGCCCUUUAUAGUAUAUUAUACUUACUACAAGUGUAUACUGUGUGUCUACAUGUUAAGUUUUGUAUUAUUUCUCUGUUCCUUAUGAUUUUUUGACAGCAUGACAUUGACAUAUUAUAAAAAUUAUACUCAAUCGCCUACGAUGAACACUAGAUUUGCUGUCAGCGUAUGUAAAUGAGAUAGCGAUAGUCUGUGACGUGUGUUAUGUUUUCAUUGUGGACGAUUUGUACAACGUAUAGACAACAACGUCUCAUUCACACCAAAUCACUCACAUUCAGAAUCUAUUCAAUAAGAAUUUAAAUUAAAUAGUAUUGUCCACGGCGGCCAUUGUUUGUCGAUGAACGAUGCCGAUGAACUGGGUUCAAACUUCAAACAAAAAAAUCGCAUACGCGAAAAGGAUAGCACAUAUUGCAGUGUAUCUCGCUUACUCUCAAUACCAAAGUAUAUAUGUGUCUCUGCCACAUUAUUAUUGUUAUUUUAGUGACGUAUCUAUUGUUCAUCUUCUAUCUACGAUCGCCUAGUAAAAGGUCGUCAAAAUAUGUCCGAGCAGCGUUGAUAUUAACUUAUACAGAUAAUAUUAAAACAUUCAUUUGGUGGCACUAAUCUUUAAGUUAUGAACGAAAAGUCUGGCUUAUAGAUACGUAGGCAGAGUUUGUUUCGGAUUGUGAAUCUAGUUAUUUAUUGUACGUCACUGCAGGAUGUACGAAUAAUAUUUUUCGUCUGUUCAUAACAUUAACUCAGUCGUUAAGUUUGGUCAUAUGACGCUAGCGUUAGUUCAACUUUCAAGCAUAGAAUUACAUUGCAGUCUAACGAAUUUCUCUGAGAAAAAAGCGAUUCACUCGAUUCUAUGAAACGUUCAGACAUUGACAGAUGACGGCUAUAAUCUUGUAAAAAAAGGAGAUAGCCGAAGUCCACUACGUUUUAAGCAACUCUUUUCUAACAAAUUUAGCCGGAUUAUAAUUCGUCGCCAAUCGCGAUACUGUAAUUACUACUAUUUCAAACUUAUGUCAAAUGACUGUAAGUUUCAUACUAAACUAAAUUUCAGUUUAUACUUAGGCAGCCCCGCCUCUUUUUACUCAGUAUUUACAUCCUCUUUGAUUAAGGCUUGUAGGAAUCACUUCCAGUAACUUAGUACUCGUUUUAUUUUUUUUUUCUUAUGAAUAAAAGCAUUCGUAUAGUGUUGUUAAGUGAAUUUGGAUCUCAUUUUGAGGAUUUAAGUAUAACAUAGUGCCUUUUGGUAAAUAUAACUUGUCAUGAGGUAUAUGUUAGAUAUUGUUAUGAUUAUUUGGAUAGUCUAGUGUAUUUGAAUUUACAAAACCUGUUUUUGGUACUGCAAUUUAUUUAUUUCCAAUUAGCACGGCAGUGCCACUUACACUAAUUAGAUUAUUAAAGAAUAAUUAAACGAAUUAUACAAUUUCAAUGCUCUCCGCGUAUCUAAAUAUUUCAGAGAAGUCCACCCAUUCAAUGAUGGGUGGACAUUGAGCAUUCUUGUCCAAGAGCGCAUUGAAAGAUACCAAUGUUCUUCGAGUGACGGGAAAGCGUGAUAGGCAAUACAUGUAUCCGGCUGGAUGCAGAUAUAACAAACAUAAGAAAGCUAAGAAACGAAAGAGAAAGACUGAGUAUAGAGGCUUGUGGUUGUGCACUGACGAUACUGGCGGCUGUCAAAGUGCUUUUGUACCUGUUUGAUAUUCGCCAUUUUGACGCUGUUGGCCAUGUAGCGAGAGUCUGCGGUACUAAAACUCAGCAAACAUCGAUAGAUGGUGGGAAACUAUUUACAAAAAAAAAUGUGUACUUUAUUACGUUGAUUCUUGAAGUAUAAAUAACAAGGAAAACGUUCACGUUUACGUCAACGUCAAAAUUAGUUCUCUGGACGCUUUUUUUGUUCCUAUUAAAAAAAUUGCUGUGAAACAUAUGGAACAGCCUGUCCAAAGAAAGAGAAAAGAAAUAAAAAGAAAAUUAAAACAGUCCGCCACGGAAUAUUUCCGUCCUUAUCGGUUUCCUAAAUUUCCUGAUUUUUUGAGACAUUUACUCAUGGUUUUUAGUCGGAGUUACAGUUGUCCUUUUCGCACUUGUGUUUGUCUUGACAAUCACCCCUGCCCCCUCGUUCGAAGAUUGUGGUUAUAUUAGUUCAAUUCUUAGUAUGACAUAAACCUUAGAUAAUUUAUACGUCUAGAUAGUCUCUUGCUGUUAGUCAACCGAUAAAAACAGGCCAGGAAUAUUAGUCUAGUGUGCGUGACAAGCUACGUCUUACACUCGCGACUUGUAUGACACUUCGUUUGUGUGCGUGAACUGAUCAAAGUCAAAAUAAAGAUUAAUUCUAAAUUCAAUUUAUUUUGACAGCUGUCAUUGUCUUUCUAGAAGUAUAAAUAAUUUAAAAUAUAAACUAUCGAACAAGAAUUCUAUAUAGCAAAAUGCCUUACUAGUCAACUUAGGCGUAAUUCCACACGUAGGUAGGUAUUUAAUUAACGCAAUAAAUCGUCGGAAGACAAUCAUCCAUUUCAAGGUUUACUUCUUUUGGCGCGUUAUGGACAAAAUACCUAUCAGAUUGAAUAUUACGAUGCGCGCGCAUACCGACACCCUGACAUUAGAUGGUCAACUAGACCAUUUGUAUCACCACCAUGUUACUUCAGCGACCAAAGUCAAAGUCAAAUAAACUUUAUUCAAUUAGGCUUAAACUAAUCGCUUUUGAUCGUCACUACAAAUAUUUCCUUUAAAUUAUUAAAUUUACCAUGGAUUCGUAAAAAGUUAAGCUUGUGAGAAGAACAUACAGGAACUUAACGGCUACUCUUUUCAAUCAAAUAGAGUAUUUUACAAUGGCUGUAAAAUACAUAACAAAUUAGUUUGUAAGGUGCUGUGUCCAAUAUAUGAGUCGUGUUUAAAUAAUAUAAAUUAUUUCAUUAAAAGUAAUAGAGAAUUAAAUGUAUAAAUAUAAAUUAUCGUAUAUUGGAUUCAUCAACCUUAAGAGCUUGAACUCAUUGUUUGUGUGUCUACUGGCCCAGCCGAGAAUGGACGAGAAUUAAAUAAAUUUUAAUAUGUAUAAGUUAUAAAAAAAAUCUCACUGUGUGCGAGUUAAAUAUUAAAAUGUAACAUGGAAAACUAUUGAAAUUUUUGGUUAUUCUAUUCAUUGAAGAUUUGAGCUUAAAAUAUAAUUUUAUAUUUAAUAGAUAUUAUUUUAAGUGUAGCAAAUUUUUUAUUGCAGUAGGUAUUCUGAAAAAAAUAUUAAUUUUAUAUCCCAUUAUACUACGAUUUGGAACUAAUUUUAUUUUUAAAUUUUAGGUUUUGUUUGGUUCAUUAGUAGUAAAAAUAUAUUAUGCUGUAUGUAUAGAUAUAACAAUAUCCAUUCCAUAUCUAUAAUAUAUAUAAAAUAUGUAUUACGUAGAGUUAAUUCUAUAAAAAACAUAGUUUCAUGGGUAUAUAGUUCGACGGACAAAUGGCCGGUGGGGCAGAAAAGUCCUCGAAUAGCGACCACGUACCGGAAGACAGUGUUGGUAGGCCCCCACAAGAUGGACCGUCGAUCUGGUCAAGAUCGCAUACGUUGGAUGAGGGCAGCGCAGGACCGAUCGUCGUGAAAAUCUUUGGGGGAGGUCCAUCAGUGGACGUCUUCCGGCUGAAAUGAGGAUGAUGAAAUUCCAAAAAAAAUUGCUAAGUACAUAAUAAUCCCAAUCCUAAGCGAUGGGUUGCCAUAAUUGUGGUAGAAAUCUGUAAAAAAAACUAUGUGAUAUUGAUAAAAACAAUAAAAAUUUACUAUUGUAAAUUUGAAAUUUCAUUAAGUGCACUAAUAAAAUUGCCUUAGAAUUUUGGUAGAUUUUAGUAGCAUACGAAAUUUGCCUUGAUUAGAUGUAAGAAAAUGUUAUUUCUAUAGACUUUCCACUCAAUUCUAUAGUUAAUAGGGCGAAAAGAACAUUACUCGUGUUUUUAUUGUUUUUUUUAUGAUUAACGCGUGUAAUUCUAACUGCUUUUACAUUCGAUUUUGCGUAAAAGUUAAACUUUUAUUAUUAUUUUGGUUAACCCGACGUUUUAAGACCUUUCCAGAUCUCGUUUUCAGGGGGACUUAUCGCAAAAUCUAAUGUAAAAACAGUUACAAUAACACGCGUUUUAAUCUUUAAAAAGUUGAUCAUUAUUAACAAAUAGUGGUUCUAAAGGAUCUGUCAUUGUUCUAAAUUCAAACUAAUUUAAAUAGUUAAACAGACGUACCUACAAAUUUUGUAGAAUAUUAUGGUUUACAUUUUAUACUCUUUGUAAGUUGCUAUCCAAAGAGUUUUAAUACUUGUAGCGAAGUAUUAUGAAAUAGUUCAUGUUCCCAAGCAAAGUGUUCAAUUUACAUUAAUAAGUACUAUGAUUUACAAUGGUAAUUAAAUUUAAUUUUACUAUUUUCGUUCCGAAUCAUUUUGUGAUCUUGAUCUAACCAGUAUUAAUAUUUAUUUGAGAAUUUAUUUUAACGUUAUUUACAAUGUUAUUAAUUUAUUUAAAUAAUUUAAAGUACCUAAUAAAAUUAAUGAAACAA